CGCGGGGUAGUGGGGGCCGCGCGCUCCCGAAGGGCUGGCUCUUCUGCAUCCUGGGAUGCCCCGCACGAAGUCCGCGUCGGGCAGCGUUUCUGCUGCCCCGGGGAGGCAAGCGGUUCUGAGCCGGUUCUUCCAGUCUGCCGGAAGCCUGAGUUCCACCGCGUCCUCCACGGAGCCGGCGGAGAAGGUUACAAGAGGUGACAGCAGGAAGAGAUCCCGGGGAAGUGAUGGGCCCAUUAAGAGGAAAGCGAAGAAAGUUCCAGAAUUGGAAGAAGAAAAUACCUCAAUAACAUCUGGCAACCCUGAGCCAAAGAAAUGUCUGAGGCCCAGGAUUGCUUUAAAGUCUCUGGAAAAGUUGAAAGAAUUCUGCUGUGAUUCUGCCCUCCCUCAAAACACAGUCCAGACAGAACCUCUUCAAGAGAGAUUUGCAGUUCUGCCAAAAUGUACUGAUUUUGAAGACAUCACUCUUCAGCGUGCAAAGAGUGCAGUUUCUUCUGAGGAUUUCAGAUCCCACGCUAAUCUGAAAGACAGUCAGUCUGGACCAUGUCCUGAAAAUUUCCAGAAGGCUUCUGAUUGUAAACCUUUUAACAAACGGUCGAAAAGUGUCUAUACACCAUUAGAGUUGCAGUACAUAGACGUGAAGCAGCAGCACAAAGAUGCCGUGUUGUGUGUGGAGUGUGGGUACAAGUACAGAUUCUUUGGGGAAGAUGCAGAGAUUGCUUCCCGGGAACUCAAUAUUUAUUGCCACUUAGACCACAACUUUAUGACAGCAAGCAUACCCACCCACAGACUGUUCGUGCAUGUCCGCCGACUUGUGGCCAAAGGAUACAAGGUUGGUGUCGUGAAGCAAACGGAAACUGCUGCACUAAAGGCCAUCGGAGACAAUAAAAGUUCUGUCUUCUCUCGGAAGUUGACUGCUCUUUAUACGAAAUCCACACUCAUUGGAGAAGAUGUGAAUCCUCUAAUCAGAGUGGAUGAUUCUGUGAACAUUGAUGAGGUAACGACAGAUACUUCUACCAGCUACCUCCUCUGUGUCUAUGAAGAGCAGGAAAGCACUAAGGACAGAAAGAAGGGGAACAUUUCCAUUGGUAUUGUGGGAGUGCAGCCCACCACAGGUGAGGUCGUGUUCGACUGCUUCCAGGACUCUGCUUCUAGGCUGGAGCUGGAGACUCGCAUAUCAAGUCUGCAGCCCGUGGAACUUCUGCUUCCUUCACACCUGUCGGAGCCGACGGAGAUGCUCAUCCACAGAGCCACCGCUGUCAGUGUGCGGUAUGACAGGAUUCGAGUAGAGAGGAUGGAUAACACUUACUUUGAAUAUAGCCACGCUUUCCAGGCAGUUACAGAGUUUUAUGCCCGAGAGGUGGCUGACAGCAGGGGCUCUCAGAGUUUCUCUGGUGUCAUUAACUUGGAGAAGCCUGUGAUCUGCUCCUUGGCUGCCAUAAUAAGGUAUCUCAAGGAAUUUAACCUGGAAAAGAUACUAUCCAAACCAGAGAAUUUUAAGCAGCUGUCAAGCGGAAUGGAAUUUAUGAGAAUUAAUGGAACAACGUUAAGGAAUCUGGAAAUCCUACAGAAUCAGACUGAUAUGAAGACCAGAGGGAGUUUGCUUUGGGUUUUAGACCACACUAAAACCUCGUUUGGGAGAAGGAAGUUAAAGAAGUGGGUGACCCAACCAUUGCUUAAAUUAAGGGACAUAAAUGCCCGACUUGAUGCAAUAUCUGAUGUUCUCCAUUCAGAAUCCAGUGUGUUUGAGCAGGUAGAAAAUCAUCUACGUAAAUUACCUGACAUCGAGAGAGGACUAUGUAGCAUUUACCAUAAGAAAUGCUCUACGCAAGAGUUCUUCUUGAUUGUCAAAAGCCUGAGUCACCUGAAGUCAGAGCUUCAAGCAUUGAUGCCUGCUGUGAAUUCCCAUGUACGGUCAGACUUACUGCGAAUGCUCAUCUUAGAAACCCCUGAGCUCCUCAGUCCAGUGGAACAUUACUUAAAGAUUAUGAAUGAACAGGCCGCCAAAGUUGGGGAUAAAACUGAAUUAUUCAAAGACCUCUCUGACUUCCCUUUAAUAAAAAAGAGGAAAGAUGAAAUUCAAGAAGUUACUCAGAGUAUCCAAAUGCAUUUACAAGAAUUACGAAAAAUACUAAAACUUCCUUCUUUACAAUAUGUGACUGUAUCAGGACAAGAGUUUAUGAUUGAAAUAAAGAACUCAGCCGUAUCUUGCAUCCCAGCUGAUUGGGUGAAGGUUGGAAGCACAAAAGCUGUGAGCCGCUUUCACCCUCCUUUUAUUGUAGAAAACUACAGACGUCUGAAUCAGCUCCGGGAGCAGCUAGUCCUUGACUGCAGCACGGAAUGGCUUGCUUUUCUAGAGAAUUUUGGUGAGCAUUACCACACGUUGUGCAAGGCCGUGAAUCACCUAGCAACUGUUGACUGCAUUUUCUCCCUGGCCAAGGUCGCCAAGCAAGGAAAUUACUGCAGGCCAAUUCUACAAGAAGAAAAGAAAAUCAUCAUAAAAAAUGGAAGACAUCCUAUGAUUGAUGUGUUGUUGGGUGAACAGGAUCAGUUUGUGCCCAACAGUACAAGUUUAUCACAGGACUCUGAGAGAGUAAUGAUAAUCACUGGCCCAAACAUGGGUGGAAAGAGCUCCUACAUAAAGCAGGUUGCCCUGGUUGCUAUUAUGGCUCAGAUCGGUUCCUACGUUCCUGCAGAGGAAGCAACGAUUGGGAUCGUGGAUGCUGUUUUCACAAGAAUGGGUGCUGCAGACAACAUAUACAAAGGUCGGAGUACUUUUAUGGAAGAACUGACAGACACAGCAGAGAUAAUCAGGAAAGCAACACCUCGGUCCCUGGUGAUCCUGGACGAGCUGGGAAGAGGGACAAGCACGCAUGACGGAAUCGCCAUCGCCUAUGCUACACUGGAGUAUUUUAUCAGAGAUGUGAGAUCCUUAACCCUGUUUGUCACCCACUAUCCACCAAUUUGUGAACUAGAAAAAUGUUACCCAGAGCAGGUGGGGAAUUACCACAUGGGAUUCUUGGUCAAUGAGGAUGGAAGCAAGCAGGACUCAGGUGACAUGGAGCAGGAGCCGGACUCUGUCACUUUUCUCUAUCAGAUAACCAGAGGAACGGCGGUGAGGAGUUACGGACUGAACGUGGCUAAGCUAGCAGAGGUGCCUGGAGAAAUCUUAAGGAAAGCUGCUCACAAGUCGAAAGAGCUGGAAGACUUGGUCAAUCUGAGAAGGAAAAGACUUAAGUAUUUUGCAGACUUAUGGAUGGCCCGAGAUGUAAAAGACCUACACAUGUGGACAGAGGAGCUGGAAGCAGAGGGAAUACAGACUUCUCUCCCACAUUAACAUGAAAACCACCUUCUUUGAGCAAACUGCAGAGGAGAACCUUCUGGUAGCAACCUGUCUUUGUGACGUGAACACCCGUGAUGAGCACGGUCUUCCUGCUGAGACAGAGUUCUUCCUCGGAAGGGAUAGCCUUUCAGGCGUUCAUCUUCCCGCCUUCCGAAGAACAAACACUUCAGAUGUGAAAACUUCACCGGGUAAUUAGAAAUUUCCUAGACAGUAAGUUUCAUGUGAAACCAGACACUUGUCGGUGAAGCCUAAAAUGGCGGCCCCAGGGCUGCGGUCACAGGGCUGCGGUCACAAGGCCAAGGAGUUUCGAUUUCAGACAACUGGCAACAGGCUAGUCUGAUAGGAAUCCCCUUUUAUGAGAACUACAGGAUUUUAUAAUGCCUCUGUUUGUUCACCAUUGACAUAAACAUUUUUAUGAGAAGUAGAACCAUGAAGCUUCUAGAAGCCAGAGCACAAGAAGGGAAAAGCCAUAUGAAAUUUGAAGAGCUAAAUGUUGUCAUCAUUUUAAACAGCUUAAAAGUUGUAUAAAAUCAUUGUAUCAGUCAUUUAAAUAAAAACUG